AUGUCGAAGAAGUUUGCCAGUGAAGACGGUUCAUUUAAGAGACAAGUCUCCUCCUUCAGAGAAACCAUUUCUUCCACCCAUCCCAUCUACAAGCCUGAAAAGGGAAGAUAUUGGCUAUAUGUCUCUUUAGCGUGUCCUUGGGCUCACCGCACCUUGAUUACCAGGGUCUUGAAGGGAUUAACGUCCGUUAUUGGUAUCAGUGUUGUGCAUUGGCACAUGGAUGAGAAAGGAUGGAGGUUUUUACCAUAUAAUGAAUCGAAUAAAACCGAUGGAAAGGAAUCGUACAAACCAUCCGCAGGUCUCAAAUGUGAAAAGGAUCUCUGUGUCAGCGCUGAUGUAGAUAAUCACUCUAUCAAAUACGGCAUUGACGGUACCAUCGAUCACAAUUACCAUUUCCAAAGAAUUAGCGAAUUGUACUUCAAGAGUGAACCGGAAUAUGCAGCCAGAUUCACUGUGCCCGUUCUAUGGGACUUGAAGACCCAAACCAUAGUUAACAAUGAAAGUUCUGAGAUUAUUAGAAUUUUCAACAGUGGUGUUUUCAAUGAAGUGGCAGAUUCUCAUCCAGACAUCGAUUUGGUUCCAAAAGAAUUAGAAUCUCAAAUCGAUGAGAUCAACUCCUGGGUCUACGACUCCAUCAAUAAUGGUGUUUACAAGACCGGGUUUGCUGAGAAACAGGACAUCUACGAGAAGGAAGUAUUGAAUGUGUUCAAACAUUUGGAUAAGGUGGAAGGCAUACUAAAGAAAAGGUACGAAACUUUGAAAUCUACUCAUUCUUCUGAGGAGGAAAUUGUAAAGAAACUAUACCUAUUAGGAGAUCAAUUAACUGAGGCUGACUUGAGAUUAUAUCCUACCAUUGUAAGAUUUGACCCUGUAUACGUUCAGCAUUUCAAAACCAAUUUGAACACUAUUCGCUCGGGGUACCCUUACAUCCAUUUGUGGCUCAGAAACUUAUAUUGGAACUACGAAGCUUUCCAAGAAACUACCAAUUUCAACCACAUCAAAUGGCAUUACACUAGAUCCCAUACUAAAAUCAACCCAUUAUCAAUUACCCCAUUAGGUCCCUCUCCAAACAUCUUGCCAUUAUAA